AUGAUCAACGACGUCCUAAAUCUCAGUCUGUUCUUUCUUUCUUUCUUUCUUUCUUUCUUUCUUUCUUUCUUCCACAGUCUGUUUAUUACCUAUCCGAUUUCUCUCAUAUCUAUCUAUCUAUCUAUCUAUCUAUCUAUCUAUCUAUCUAUUUCUUUGCAAAUCUACCAACCUCUCUUAUUUUUAUAUCUAUCUAUCUAUCUAUCUAUCUAUCUAUAUCUAUCUCUAUCUAUCUAUCUAUCUAUCUAUCUCUUUGCAUAUCUACCAACUUCUCUUAUCUAUCUAUCUAUCUAUCUAUCUAUCUAUCUAUCUAUCUAUCUAUCUAUCUAUCUAUCUAUCUAUCUCUUUGCAUAUCUACCAACCCCUCUUAUUUUCAUAUCUAUCUAUCUAUCUAUCUAUCUAUCUAUCUAUCUAUCUAUCUAUCUAUCUAUCUAUCUAUCUCUUUGCAUAUCUACCAACCCCUCUCAUUUUCAUUAUCUAUCUAUCUAUCUAUCUAUCUAUCUAUCUAUCUAUCUAUCUAUCUCUUUGCAUAUCUACCAACCCCUCUUAUUUUCAUUAUCUAUCUAUCUAUCUAUCUAUCUAUCUAUCUAUCUAUCUAUCUAUCUAUCUAUCUCUUUGCAUAUCUACCAACCCCUCUUAUUUUCAUUAUCUAUCUAUCUAUCUAUCUAUCUAUCUAUCUAUCUAUCUAUCUAUCUAUCUAUGACAACGUGUGUUUAUAUCUAUCUAUCUAUCUAUCUAUCUAUCUAUCUAUCUAUCUAUCUAUUUGAAAACCUCUACGAUCUUUUCUAUCAACCCAAUAUAAAACCUUGUUUGGUUCUUUGGUACACUGACAUCUUCAUCAUCAUCAUCAUAAUCUUCUCCUUCUUUUUCCUCCUCCUCUUCUUCUUCUUCUUCUUCUUCUCUUUCUUUUUCCUUCUAUUCCUUCUUCUUCUUCUUCAUUCUGUUUCUUUUUCUUCUUCUUUUCUUCAUCCUCCUCCUUCCCUUUCUUCUUCUUCAUAA